AUAUACCCCUCUCUUCCUCUUUCCCUUUCUCUACUAUUAUAUCUUGUUUGUGUAGAGCCCUCAAUCAGAGAAGAGAGAGAUAUAGAGAGAGUGUGUGUGUGUGCAAAGCCAUCGUCUUCUUCUUGGAGCUUGGCUUUGUUUAUCCUCCAUCCAUUUUCUUUUAUCUCGCUCGCUAUUUCAAGAUUAGUAAAAGAUGGCCGAUGCCGAGGAUAUUCAACCCCUCGUAUGUGACAAUGGAACUGGAAUGGUGAAGGCUGGAUUUGCUGGGGAUGAUGCUCCUAGGGCUGUGUUUCCCAGUAUUGUUGGCCGACCUCGUCAUACUGGUGUUAUGGUUGGGAUGGGUCAAAAGGAUGCCUAUGUUGGUGAUGAAGCCCAAUCAAAAAGAGGUAUUCUUACUCUGAAGUACCCCAUUGAGCAUGGUAUAGUCAGUAACUGGGAUGACAUGGAAAAGAUCUGGCAUCACACCUUUUACAAUGAAUUGCGUGUUGCUCCUGAGGAGCACCCAGUGCUUCUAACUGAGGCUCCACUCAACCCAAAGGCCAACAGAGAAAAGAUGACCCAAAUCAUGUUUGAGACCUUCAAUGUGCCGGCCAUGUAUGUGGCCAUCCAGGCUGUCCUCUCCCUUUAUGCAAGUGGCCGUACAACUGGUAUUGUUUUGGACUCUGGUGAUGGUGUGAGUCACACUGUGCCAAUCUACGAGGGUUAUGCACUCCCUCAUGCCAUCCUUCGUUUGGAUCUUGCUGGCCGUGAUCUAACUGACUCUUUGAUGAAGAUCCUCACUGAGAGAGGGUACAUGUUCACCACCUCAGCUGAGCGGGAAAUUGUUCGUGAUAUGAAGGAGAAGCUUGCAUAUGUUGCCUUGGAUUAUGAGCAAGAACUUGAGACUGCAAAGAGCAGUUCUUCAGUUGAGAAAAACUAUGAGCUUCCUGACGGACAAGUUAUCACAAUUGGAGCUGAGAGAUUUCGUUGCCCAGAAGUUCUUUUCCAGCCAUCUAUGAUUGGAAUGGAAGCUGCUGGAAUUCAUGAGACAACCUACAACUCUAUCAUGAAGUGUGACGUGGAUAUCAGAAAGGAUCUGUAUGGUAACAUUGUUCUUAGUGGUGGCUCAACUAUGUUCCCUGGUAUUGCUGACCGUAUGAGCAAGGAGAUCACUGCCCUUGCUCCUAGCAGCAUGAAGAUUAAGGUUGUGGCACCACCGGAAAGAAAGUAUAGUGUCUGGAUUGGAGGAUCAAUCCUUGCUUCCCUCAGCACCUUCCAGCAGAUGUGGAUAUCUAAGGGUGAAUAUGAGGAGUCUGGGCCAUCCAUUGUCCACAGGAAGUGCUUCUGAGUCCAAAAGAUGCUUUAAUGGUGAGUUAUAUUUUGCUGUGGUUGCUUUUUUCGUGUCUGUGUCAUGUCAUGUGAACUUUGUUGCCAUGGAUAAGAGAUGAGAUAGGAUCGUUGGAGGGUAUAUUCCGAGCUUGAUGUGUAUCAUAUUUUGUGUGCGGCCCUCUAUAUGUGGCGGGCACAGAGUUGUUAAGAGGCAAUUUUAGCCUUAUAAUUCAUUUAUGCCUUCUUAAGUAGGUUGUCUGUAGCAAGAGAGUGAUUGUGAUGUUUAUUUUAUUUCCUUUCUCCCCCUUUUCAAAGUUUAACAUUUGAAGGUUUUUCCCCCUUGGAACAUUAAUGUGAAUGUCUAUAGCUAUAUGUAUCGAAAAAAUUUAUAAUAUUGUCAGUACGCGCUAUUCUCAAUUGAGCUCAUA